UAGCUGAAGGUCACAUUGCUCUGAACGCUUUGGUUCAGCCCGCUCGUUGCUGACGUGCAAUAAGAAGAGCUGAUUUCUACUGCAGGGACUCUGCAGUCAGUCCAGACCCGUCCACUUACAGGAAGUGGUACUAAGACAUUUUCAGAAGGUCCAAGGCCAGAAACUAGCGGGUCCGUACAAGGAAGCCGAGAACGACUCUCCUCGCAUUGAAAAGAUUGUCACCCCGGCUGACGGUUCCGUUUCCCUUUGAAAUCACAAAUCUCCACCACUGAAACCCGCAGGAUGGCCGCAUACAAACUGGUGCUGAUCCGCCACGGCGAGAGCAACUGGAACCAGGAAAACCGCUUCUGUGGUUGGUUCGACGCAGACCUGAGCGAAACCGGAGCCGAGGAGGCGAAGAGAGGGUCACAGGCCUUGAAAGAGGCUGGCUAUGAGUUUGAUAUUUGCUACACCUCGGUCCUGAAAAGGGCAAUCCGCACCCUGUGGAUUGUACUGGAUGGGAUUGAUCAGAUGUGGCUGCCGGUGCACCGCACCUGGAGGCUGAACGAGCGUCACUACGGCGGGCUGACUGGCCUUAACAAGGCAGAGACCGCAGCCAAGCACGGCGAGGCACAGGUCAAGAUCUGGAGGCGUUCCUUCGACGUCCCACCUCCCCCCAUGGACUCGGACCACGACUACUACACCACCAUCAGCAAGGACCGUCGCUAUGGAGACCUGACAGAGGACCAGCUGCCGUCCUGUGAAAGCUUGAAGGACACUAUUGCCCGCGCCCUGCCCUUCUGGAAUGAGGAGAUCGUCCCACAGAUCAAGGAAGGCAAGAGGGUCCUGAUCGCAGCUCACGGCAACAGCCUGAGGGGCAUCGUCAAGCACCUGGAAGGGAUGUCGGAGGAGGCCAUCAUGGAGCUGAACCUGCCGACAGGGAUCCCAAUCCUGUACGAGCUGGAUAAGAACCUGAAGCCAGUGAAGCCCAUGCAGUUUCUGGGUGAUGAGGAGACCGUGCGCAAAGCCAUGGAAGCAGUGGCUGCCCAGGGCAAGGCCAAAAAGUAAAGGCCAGCCCUGAUGAGAAGAAUAGGAUCUGGGUGUAGAAGGGGGCACUUUGUUACAGUUCUCAGGGAGGCUAGGGGUUAGGGUGGAGGUCAUUUUAGGAUUAGGUUUCAGGGGUAGUGUUUCAUGUGAAUUCAGUCUCCCUUAAAGUCUAAAUGUUGUUUGGGGGGGGGGGGGGUUAAUAAAUCAAAGCACAUACCUGGGACCGGAGUUUAAACCCCAUUCCAUUCUACAGGCUGCUAGUUUUUACUGCACUUGGAAGAAGGAUAUGUUGCUUCAAAAAGAAUAUCAGUGUCACUGCUAAUUUAAAUAAAUAAAUAUAUAUAUAUAUAUAUAUAUAUAUAUAUAUAUAUAUAUAUAUAUAUAUAUAUAUAUAUAUAUAUAUGGCACUGAAUGGAUUAAGCAGCAUAUCUAAAAAGGAACAGCUCAUCUACAUGGGAAAGACCAAAGAAAAAAAGUAAGUGCAUGUGCACAUUUGUAGGUGCUAAUUAAAACUGCUUAGUACAUCCCAUCAUAUACUGUUCCCAUGGUUUUGCAUUACUAACUGGGUUUCAAUGGCUGUUUCCAUAGUUACACAUUCUAGUUAAACUUUGGCCACUGCAGUUGUUCAGCCCUGCUGCUUGCACCACAAAGGGAGUGUUUUUUUUCAUACUCUGAGAGCUGUAGCCACAAUCCCCUAUGUAUCCUGUAUCUUGGUUUAUUUGUAGUUUAACUUUACACUGUAUUGUUACUGUUUGUGUGUCCAGAUUUUAGGGCCACGUGUGUGUAGAGUCAGCUUGACUGUCUACAUGCUGAGUGUGUGUGUGUGUGUUUGUGUGUGUUAAGGGGCUCCCUGUUUAAGCCCUCUUUCACUGUAUGUGUGUGUAUAAAGCCCUUAGUCCCAGCUCCGAUAGUCUGUAUAUGAGUGUUUGGAUUGGUGUAUGGCCCUGUAUCCCAGUUUCCAUACAUUGGUAAGUGUGUAAGGGGCAUCUAUCUCAACCCUUACAGUAAGUGGUAGCUUGGAUUUGUCCCCAAUGAUUCUUAAGAGAAAGAUGGCUUCACUUGGAUUAUGGUUUAUUGUAAUGCACUGUUUAAAUGUACACUGAAACUAUUGUGCAAAUCCAAUAAAUGUGUUCUGUGCAGA